AGAUGCUUUGAAACUUGAAAGUUAAAACACGUGGCGCUAGUGUUCUCCAGUCUCCGACCCAUGAAUUAAAUUGUGACUGUGAUUGUCAACCGUGGAUGUGGAAUGUUUAGUGUUGUGAAGUGAAUUGUAGUUUGGAAUUGUUGUUAAUUUUUUGUCAUGUGGUUCCAUGUGUGUAAAAGAUAAAGAGGCUGAUAGUUUAACGUUGUGGAAUGGUUCCUGUGUUUCGGCGUUUUCUCGUUGAUUAGUGCGGUUGAGGCGAGCUCGGCACAAUGGGGAAGCUACUGUCGAAGAUCUUCGGCAACAAGGAGAUGAGGAUAUUGAUGCUGGGUCUGGAUGCUGCGGGGAAGACUACUAUUUUAUAUAAGUUAAAAUUAGGUCAGUCAGUUACAACGAUACCAACAGUCGGUUUCAAUGUUGAAACUGUAACGUAUAAAAAUGUCAAAUUCAAUGUAUGGGAUGUUGGAGGACAGGACAAAAUACGACCUCUGUGGAGGCAUUAUUACACAGGCACCCAGGGUUUGAUCUUCGUGGUGGACUGUGCGGACCGCGAUCGUAUAGACGAGGCCCGCCAGGAGCUGCACCGCAUCAUCAACGACAGGGAGAUGAGGGACGCCAUCAUACUCAUAUUCGCUAACAAGCAGGACUUGCCAGACGCAAUGAAACCCCACGAGAUCCAAGAGAAGCUGGGUCUGACACGCAUCAGGGACAGGAACUGGUACGUGCAGCCGUCGUGCGCCACAUCCGGGGACGGACUGUACGAGGGCCUGACGUGGCUCACCACCAACCACAAGUUAUGAGCUGCGGAGUAGGCGGACAGCCGCCUCCAUCACUUACGGUGAAGAAAAUAACGAUGCCAUGUAAUGUAAUAUCGCUGCGUACCAUCCAGAUAGUGUUUUGGGUGUUUGUGAGUGACGCAGUGAGCUACAGGACACUAGUUAGUCUUACAGUGAACUAAUUGUCACACAAAUAAAUCAAUUAUUCCAUUUAUUUAAAACGAAAAUUAGAGCUUUGUUGUAUCGAAAUAUUUGAUUAUUAUUAUUUUUUUAUGUUUAUUUAAAACGAACGAUUACAUAGGGUAAAUGAUUUUUUAUUAUAUAAUUAUUAUUUUUUUUAAAUGUUUACCUCCGUCGUUUUGUAUGAUAGUUACGGAGUAAUCUAUGGACGGAUGGAUGAAUGUUUAAUACGAGUAUUUAUAAAGCAAUAAAGAAAGCACGCCUGCGUAUAGCAUAUUGUACAGUAGCUUGUCAAAAUUUGUAUGCAAUAGAAGUGGACGAUCCGCUUGUCUUGGUUAUUGGAAUGAAUAAAACCUCAUUACUAAUUUAAGUAGAAAAUAAUAAUGAAGCGACAUUUUUACAAUAUUGAUAAUAUCCAAAAAUAACCCCUUAAUAAUAAAGCGUUUAUUUUAAUUUUGCUUUAAUAUUUUACGCUAUGCUUUCGCUUUGUGUGAAUAUCGUAAUUGGGACCAUCCCUAUUUGGACGGUUUUGGGAGUCCAGUCAUCGAGCGAGUUAUUAUAUUUUAAAUAGUAUUACAGCUGUUUGAAUAUAAGAAAAUCAAAACCAGAAUAACUUGAUCCCAUAUUAGGGUCAGUUUACACCAGGUUAUGUAUGUAGAGACGACCACAUAUUGAUAACGCUAUAAUUAAAAUUUUAUUACAAACUAAUUGGAUAUGUUCAGUUGAAUUGUCUUUAUACACUGUCGGUGUAGACACACCUUUAAUGGAAAUUAUAUUAACGUGCCUUCCUUCAAGCUUGUUCUGUCCAUCCAUUGAAUAUAUUUUGUAUAAAAGUUCGUUUUGUAUAUAAAGAAACGAAACAGACAAACAAACAUACCACCACUCCAUUCCAUUAAAUAUAUAUAUUUUUUAAUGCUCCCGUUCCUGAAGUUUUGUUGACUUUAUUAAUUGGAUUUAUUCAAAGGUGCUGGUUUAAAAGUUAAAUUAAUUAAUAGUAGUUUAAAAAAAAAAAAAUUGUCAAUUUUUUUUUCUUAUAACAAUAUUUUUAUGACAACGCCAGCACUGAAAGCAAUGUUUGAUAUAAUGGAAAGAUUUACAUUAGUUAUAAGAUCUAUAUAUGUAUACUAUUUUGUUACUUUAUUUGAUUAAUUUUUCUGUAUUUGUGUUGAAUAUAAAAAAAAAAUGUAUAAGUGGUCAUGUAAGAACAUUUCGAAUGCCUCGGAUUGACAGUAGUUACAACAGAGCACGGUGAUGAAAUUAUUGCUACAUAUUGAUUUGAUCGAAUAAAACGAAGCUGAACAUUUCUUUGUAUAUUAUGUUAAUAAUAUUAUAUGACAUAAAAAAUUAUAUAUAUAUACAUACACAUAUAUAUAUUUUGCUAAUCAAUAUGUUUAAUUAAAAGAUUAUAUGAUUUUUUUUAGAAGCUUCUCAGUGUCCAAAACGGAGUGUAAUAGAUUUAUCGGAGUUCACAAAGUGUUAUAAAAUGUAUUUAGUUUUAGUUAGGCGUUCAGUGCGGAGUUUAAGAGCACUAAUGGGAUUGUAUGAUUUAAUAUUUUUUUUUUAUAUCUGUUCAUUGUAAAUUAUGUGAAACAAGGUGUGGUUGAGUUACAGUCUGCUGUAUGAUAAUGUAGAAAGGUUAUCCGAUAUAAAUUCACACUUAUAAA